GCCGAGUCUCCCCCGCCCCCGUGCGGCGGCCGCACGGCGCAGGCGCGCGCGGGACGUUGACUGUCAGGUCGCUCUGACGUGUCGACGCCGCGGCCCGGCCCGGGACAGGGCAGAACAGGGCGGGAGGGAGGGGGCGCGGCGGUACCGACCCGUCAGCGGCCGUCACCCCCCUUCGGCUGCGCCCCGCCAUGUUCAACGUGGAGAGCCUGGAGCGGGCCGAGCUCGGGGAGAGCCUCCUCACCUGGAUCCAGACAUUUAAUGUAGAAGCACCAUGCCAGACCGUGGAAGAUUUAACGAAUGGGGUUGUGAUGGCCCAGGUUCUUCAAAAAAUAGAUCCAGCUUACUUUGAUGAAAAUUGGCUGAACAGGAUCAAAACAGAAGUAGGAGAUAACUGGAGGCUAAAGGUAAGCAACCUGAAGAAAAUUUUGAAAGGAAUAUUGGAUUACAACCAUGAGAUUCUAGGGCAACAGAUUAAUGACUUCACCCUUCCUGAUGUUAACCUGAUCGGAGAGCAUGCUGAUGCUGCGGAGCUUGGAAGAAUGCUUCAGCUUAUUUUGGGAUGCGCUGUGAAUUGUGAACAGAAGCAAGAGUACAUCCAGACCAUAAUGAUGAUGGAAGAAUCGGUUCAACACGUUGUCAUGACAGCCAUUCAAGAGUUGAUGAGUAAAGAGUCUCCAGUCUCUGUUGGAAAUGAUGCUUACGUUGACCUUGAUCGGCAGCUGAAGAAAACCACAGAAGAAUUAAAUGAAGCACUAGCCACAAAAGAAGAAAUUGCCCAGAGAUGUCAUGAGUUAGAUAUGCAGGUUGCAGCCCUCCAAGAGGAGAAGAGCAGCUUGCUUGCUGAGAACCAGAUUUUGAUGGAACGUUUAAAUCAAUCUGACUCUAUUGAAGAUCCCAACAGCCCUGCAGGUCGUAGGCACUUGCAGCUGCAGACUCAACUUGAACAACUCCAGGAGGAAACAUUCAGAUUAGAAGCUGCCAAAGAUGACUAUCGAAUACGCUGUGAAGAACUAGAAAAAGAAAUUGCUGAAUUGAGGCAACAAACAGAAGAGCUUACUACAUUGGCAGAGGAGGCUCAGUCCUUGAAGGAUGAGAUAGAUGUACUAAGGCAUUCUUCUGAUAAAGUAGCCAAGUUAGAAAGCCAGGUAGAGUCAUACAAAAAGAAAUUGGAAGACCUGGGUGAUCUGCGACGGCAAGUGAAACUCUUAGAGGAGAAGAAUACAAUGUACAUGCAAAAUACCGUGAGCCUGGAAGAAGAACUAAGGAAAGCCAAUGCAGCACGUAGUCAGCUGGAAACAUACAAAAGACAGGCAGUUGAACUACAAAACAGGUUAUCUGAAGAAUCCAAGAAAGCUGAUAAAUUAGAUUAUGAAUGCAAACGACUGAAAGAAAAAGUAGACAGCCUCCAAAAAGAAAAAGAUAGAUUAAGAACAGAAAGGGAUUCUUUGAAAGAAACUAUUGAAGAGCUUAGAUGUGUCCAAGCUCAGGAAGGUCAACUCACCACUACAGGACUGAUGCCUCUGGAAAGACAAGAGCCUUCAGACAGUUUAGCAGCAGAAAUCAUUACUCCUGAAAUAAAGGAAAAACUCAUUCGCCUUCAGCAUGAGAACAAGAUGUUAAAAUUGAACCAAGAAGGUUCUGACAAUGAAAAGAUAGCCUUGUUGCAGAGCCUUCUUGAUGAUGCAAACUUGCGGAAGAAUGAAUUGGAAACAGAAAACAGAUUGGUAAAUCAGAGACUUAUAGAAGUGCAGUCCCAGGUUGAAGAGCUACAAAAAUCCUUGCAGGAUCAAGGUUCAAAAGCUGAAGAUUCAAUUCUUCUGAAGAAGAAACUUGAAGAACAUCUUGAGAAGCUCCAUGAAGCUAACAAUGAGCUACAGAAGAAACGAGCUAUUAUUGAAGAUUUGGAACCAAGAUGCAAUAAUAGUUCUCUCAAAAUUGAAGAAUUACAAGAAGCUUUACGGAAAAAAGAUGAGGAAAUGAAGCAAAUGGAAGAGCGAUACAAAAAGUAUUUGGAAAAGGCCAAAAGUGUCAUCCGUACUUUAGAUCCUAAGCAGAACCAGGGUGCAGCUCCCGAGAUUCAGGCUCUGAAAAAUCAAUUGCAGGAGCGGGAUAGAAUGUUUCAUUCACUGGAGAAAGAAUACGAAAAGACAAAAAGUCAAAGAGAAAUGGAGGAGAAAUUUAUUGUUAGUGCCUGGUACAAUAUGGGGAUGACUCUGCACAAAAAAGCAGCAGAAGACAGACUGGCUAGCACAGGCUCAGGACAGUCCUUCCUGGCUAGACAAAGGCAAGCCACGAGCACAAGGAGAUCUUACCCUGGUCAUGUCCAGCCAGCAACAGCAAGGUAGAGAUGCCUUGCCCUUUGAAAGAAAACUGCCCUGUGAUCCAGGCCACUUCUGUUGCAAGUGACAACAUUCAAGAAAAGUCAACCAGCAUCCUUUCUCUUUCUUCCUUGUUACUGCUAUUAUUUUACACUUCAGGAAAGGGCUUUAUUAUGGUUUCUUAUUGUUCUGUAAUGCCCUUUGCGUAUAUUUUUUGGAGUCCACCUCUCUCUUUCUCUUUGCAUUUUUCGAAUGUGCCAAAGUUUUGAAAACAUCUAGAGGAGUGCUGUAUAGUAACAGAGUCUUACUGAUAUGAAGCAUGGUCUCUUAGGAAAAGCCUCAUACUGGCUGUGUAACAAUAUAAACUUCCUCUCACAGUUGAUAUAUUUGUGCCUAUAAGGUUGUUAUGCUUUAUAAGACUGUCUUUGUUCAAAGGGAAUUCGGCUUUUUGUUUCAUGUGCUAACCUGUUGCUUCAGAAAAAAUGCUGAUAACUCAUUACAGAAAUGCAAAAUUCAUAUAUAAUGUUAUUGUGAAAAACUUACCAAUGGCAAAAAGAAAUGGGGGGGGGAGUAUGUGUGGGGUUUAGUUUUGUUUGUUUACUUGUCUUGUUUGGGGGGGUUUUGUCUUGUUUGGGUGGUUUUUGUCUUGUUUGUUUUUUCAUUUUGGGAUUUUUGGGGGUGCUUUUUGAGUGGGGUUUUUUUAAUCUCCUACAUACAAGACUUGCACUUAUUCUUGGCAUUUAAUAGGGAAGCAGGAUGAUUUUUUUUUUUUUUUCAGGGUAUUACCUACUGGUGUUACCUCUUUUGCUGACAGAGCUGAAUAUUUUCAAAUGGUUUGUUUCCGCUUCUUGGUCAAGUGUAAGCUUAAAUACAUACUAGAAAAAGAUUGAGAAAUGUUUAGAAUGCUCUGAUAUGCUACUGUAUCAUCCAUUAAAAAGGACAUUUGUUUCAAAAUUUUAUAAUUAUGGAUGAACAGUACAUAACAGAUCAAGGCCCUGAUUGAUAUUGUUGAUGUUAAUGUAUUCCAGUUGUCAUCCUCUGCUAAAAGACUUGCUUUUAAUAUACUGAUUCAGGGUAUAAUUGUAUUAGUUGCCUUAUUAAUGGUACCAGUGCCUUCAGGUGAGUUUGUUGCUGACUUUGUUGGAAACUGGCUGUUUUGUUGUACUGCCUUUUUAGCAUGUAGCUGAUUAAUUGUAUGCCAUUUGUUGUAGCACUUUCAUGUUGAUCAGUGGGGUGGAUGGUAAACCAUACUAUUAAUUUAGGUUCUGCUCCUAUGAAGUUCUACUUUUUCGCUGACUAAUUCUUUACUUUCCCUGUCAUUUUUGUCAAAGAAUUGACACACAGGACCUGAUUAUUGGUUGACAAUUCCAUAUGCAUACAUCUUGUGGUGAUUCAGUUUUAAACAUUUUUCAUUUAGAGACUGUUUGGACCCUCAUAUACAUGCAGUCUGAUUUAAAGAUUCUUUUACCUUAUUUUAAUGCUCUCCCAAGUAAAAACAUCUUUCAUAAAUCCCUUUAGAGAGAAGGCAUACUUGAAUUUAUUAAUCAUCUGAAGGUCGAUGUCUGGGCUAUGCUUGCCAGGUUAGAUAAAACAAUGAAAGUUUCUUCUUCUGUGCAGAAAGGUAACGAUGUAAAGUCUAGGACAAUUGUCUAGGACAAUUUCUGUACUCAGUGAGGUGAUAAUCGUGUUGCCUUUUACUGACAUACGGAGUGCUGAAGGGACAAGAAUUCAGAUGUCUUGUCUAACAAGAUGACCACGGUUUGUGGGGUGUCUUUUACUGAUCUUAUGGUGCAAUACAUUCUAGUCAUUUGAAGAACCCUUUUUACUACGUGGCAUGUGUGAACAGGAGCAAAUAAAAUCACUUCUGAGGAAAUUUGAUGUUCUUGUUUGAGAUUACAGCAUUUUAUGUCACCAAGAAAAAGAACCUGAGAAUACCUAAAGCUCCAUUUUUAUAUUAAUCUGGCUGACCCUGUUACCAAACUGCCAAAGCGUAUUUGUGAAAGCAAAGAAUACUAGCACCUUAGUGGCAAGUUUUAUUUCUUAAUUUUGUCUAGUAAUUGUGCAGGUCUGAAAUAACUUGAACACAAUCUGCACACUGGAAUAAAAGUACUUGCCUUUAUUAUUUCAGCCUUUGUUUUGUUGUUUUGCCUCCAAAGCUUUGAUGACAGGCAAAUACCAGUGACGGUUCGGAGAUGAACAAAUGCUGAUUAGAAGCCUCAUUUUUAUCUUUUACUUUCCUAUCUCUCAAGGCUUCUUCACUUCUUGAUGGUUGUUAGCUUUUAUCUUCUACUUUGUGGUUCUGGUUGGUCUUUCCUUGUCCCUUGAAAUAAGACAUUGAAGUGUUCUCUGUAAUUCCUUUCAAGAAUAUAUAGUUUCAUUUUAUUGCAUCAAAGAGCAAAACAAGACUAAUAUUGAGUCUGUACUUUACUGUUGCUGAUAGUAAUUGUUAGACAAGAUAGAACAAGCAUUUUGUCUUCUGAGAAUUCUCAAACUUGUGGAAAUUCUGAUAUUUGCCAGAAUGUGUGUUGAAUAUAAAAAUCUAAAAAUAUACUGCAAUCUUACAGAAAUAUCCACUGUAGCUAUCCAGUUCCAGUAAGUCAUUUGUUCUGUCUUCUAAUGGUAAACACCAGGAACUUCAUUCCUUGUUCUUGAGCAUUUAACUUCUUUUAUUUACUGGAUACAUAAUUUCUUAAUCUUUGGGUGUGGAUGAAUGGAGUUGGUGAAAUCAUUAAGCCUUCUCUCUCACAAGAACAGUUUCUUUACAGGAAGGGUUAAGCUUCAUUAUUUUCCUUGCUUGUUAUAUAGCUUUCGAAGUAGUGUGGUAGUAAGAAAAAGAAGGGGCUCAGAGUGUGACUUCAGGGAAUAAGCACAUGUAUAGAUGAGCUACCAGUGAAUGCUGGCUAUUUGUCUUAUCUUCAGUAAUAAAAGAAUGCAAGCAAAAAAAAACAACAAACCCAACCCUGUAAGACAGAAUUCCCUCAGUGCAUUACAUACUUCUAAAACGCUUUUAGGAACACUUUUUCAGGGGCAAUAAAGACUAUUUACAUCAAAGUUGCAGUGGUAAUUAUUGAACCAAUGCUGUAGCCUGUCCUGAUACACUAAAAAAAAAACACCCUAGAACCUUCAGACUGAGGUUAAAGAGCAAAGGUUCUCCAGGGCAGUGAUGAAACAGCUGAAGAGUUCAUGAGAGUACAUUCCUGAGCACUGUGCCAAGGAUCUGCCACGAAAAGUAUUUCUGACAGAUUUUAAUUAUUGCCAGUAAAAGAUAACAGUUAAGGGGACAAAUAUUUUCAUUAUUCAGAGCAGAAGCUUAGCUUCAGGUCUUAAAGGAUAUGUGUGCAGUCCAGUUUGUAUACUUCUGUGGAGAGUUAAGUUGUUAGCAUAUGUGAUCAGACAUUACAGAAAAGAAUAUUCAAGUUCCCUAUUUUCUUUGUAGGUAGCACUAACCACUUGGAUUGUAACGUGUAUUUUCCAAAUGCUGUAAAAACUGAGGUAAUCUAGUUUCCACCCACAGUGAGAAGGAAAAUAAACAACUAGAGCACACAGCUUUAUAUAUUGUAAAAUGAAAUAAAUACAUAAUGGCUACAAAAUGCUUUUCAUUAUCUUUCUUGGAAAUAAGCAAAUGGCAAUCUUUAACCUGUUCUGAUGUCAUUUGAGAUAGCAGUAAUGCUUCAGCAAGUUUUCUGUGGCUUUCUAUUCCUGGUAAGGAGCAUCAGCAGUUUUACAUUCAUUGUGUCUAAAAAAAUUAACAGUGAAUAUUCCUAUUACUGCUUUAUGUUGAUCUUAAAUAGUGAUGAGCCAGCUGUCAAGAAAAUUUAAGAGGAUUUGGCAGCUUGGGUAAGAUCCUCAGUAUUUUGAUAUGUGCAGGUAGCUUUUGCUUCUCCUCAGUUCCCUGGUAUAUGAAACUAUCCACUUAACAGCUUCAGAAAUGAUUUUUUAGUGGAUUUAAUUGUCUACAUUUUUCUGUAGGUUUGGUAUUUGGAAAAUAGUUUAAUGUUACCACUUGAUUUUCUUUUAGUGAUUUGGAGGAAGACUGUCCUGAAUGUGGCUAAUUUUUCUUUUACUUAUGAAGCGAAACAGUACCUGAAUUUUAUUUAUUUUAUAGAGAUUUUUAUUCUUGCCCAACAUUUUGACUUUUUGCAAGGAUUGAUGAGGGAGGUAUUUUUUGCACUCAAAGUCAGCUAUGCAGUACUGACUUCUUAUGGGUUUUUGCACAUGUGUUUUAGGUAGAAUGUGGACUGUGUGUUUUGCAGUAAUAUUGUGUUGAUAAACUUCAGUAUCUCCAAAUGAAGUUCAGCAAAUUUUGCAGGCAUUUUCCUCACCAGGAUUGUACAAAUAACUAGCUAAAAGGGGUUACUCUGUCAAGAAAUACUUUAAAGUGGUAUUUUUUCCUGUAGCCAAGUAGUCAUACUUCAGAGGUGUCACCUACAGAGUAGUUUAAUAGCUGGAUUAUGACUGAAAUGUCAUCUCAGGAAGUCAAGCACUUACAAAGAAACUUUUUCAGAAACCCUUUCUUUGAACAACUGUUAUUAGCUGGUGCUUCGAGUAUGACGCAUUUAGCAUUAUAUUAAAAUGAAGGAGUGAAUUGAUAAAACAAUGUAAAUGUAAAGAUAGGUAAGCAAGAAAUUCAGUGAAUGAGGCUUUUUAACUUUACAAACUGCACACAGCCCAGACACGUGUCCCCUCCCAAAUCUGAGCAGUCCAGCUCCCUUCUGUAUUGGCAUGGGCACUGUGUUUCCACUUUGUGCCUUGCGUUGGGAGAAAGAAGUGAAAUCUUGUGUUAUCUCGUAGGUUGGUGUAGGAGCAAGUAACAAAUCUCACUUUUGCUCAGAACAUCUCCACAAGCCAAAUCUUGUGGCUUGUGGCAGAUACCAGAUUCUAGGUAGGAUCCUAGCCAUACCUCCAGUUUGCACUUUCAAGGAAUCAAGAAAGUGUCCUCAAAUGACUGAUUGCAUUCCCUUGCUGCUGUGAUCUUUCUUCCCUCGGGAAGCCCAGUGAAGCAGCAGCUUGUCAGUGACUCUGCAGGUUGUAGGUGAAAAUAAGGGAUGAUUUCUUCAGUUUGAAGAUUGGAGACAGGUGCAAGUAAUUAUUUAAGUGCAAAAAUCUGAAGAGCAGUAUCUUUCACCAUUUUGCAUUUUGGUGUUUAUUUAAAAACAAUAGAACCUGAGCUUUUCGAGCUGUUUGGGUUUUUUGUUUCGUUAAUUAAUUUUGAAUUGCAGUUGAUUAAGUGUUAGAGGCUUUACCUAUGUGAAUAAGGCAAAAGCUAUCAUUAUCAGCCAAGGCAACCUCAGACUUCUGGCAAUCCGAACAUCUUGACUCUGCUGCCAGCUUCACUGCACAGUAUUCGAGGACUUACCUAGUUUUGUCCUCUGUUUUUGCUUGACUUUACUUUUGUAGAUUCAUUGAAGCACUGGGACACAAAAUGCAUUUUUUAAAUGUAUCAGCUCACUGAAUUAGGUAGUGAGUGAAUGUUGAUUGAGGAGCUCUAGAAAACUUAACAAACCAUACAGUCUCAUGGGGCAUUGAUGCAAUGGCGUAUAGCCAAGGCAGCUUCUCAGACAAAUUGUUCUGGUGUCAGAUCAGUAGGAGCUCAUGAUAACUGCUGUGCAAUUGAAGUCCUAAUCUGUUAGUUGCUGAGGGAUGGUCUUACUGUUAACUGUAAUACAACCAAGAUUCUAACCUUCACUUUUAGGCCUUGCGGAAGUAAUGCAGGACUGUCCUGAAGAUCUCUGCAUUCUCUGUGUUAGUUGGCUUUGGUGGCAAAUCAGUAAUUUCCUCUGCUGCUGUUUGCUGUGUGCUGUGUGUAUAACGUAAUUCAGAGAAGUGCAUAUCCUUCAGUUGUCUUUGCACUGUGUGUCGGCACCAGACUGAAAUCAGGUUCCAUUUGUCAGAUAAAAAUUUCUUGCUGCUCUCUUGUUGCUUUGGAUCUCAGAAAUUGAUCCAUACAGCAUGAAAAUACUGCUUAUAGAGGGAAAUCCAGGCAAGCUGGGAAGGCUUUCCUGUCUAGUGGUGGCUUUAUUCAUUGCUUCACUUUAGAGAGGUCCUGUAUUAUCAGAUGAAGUCAGAGUAUCACAUCUCAGACAGGGGAACAUGGUUUUUUUAAUGUUACUUGCAAAAGCAAGUAUUUCCACAGGUAUAGGAUAACUUAUUCUGCAAAUGAAACUGGAAUCCCUAAUGGUUAUCCCCAACUUUGGGAAGAGGAAAUCAACACGAAGGCCAGUUCUUAACAUGUUAACAUGCUUGUUUUGUUAGCAUGAUCAUGAAAAGUGAGCAGAAUUUUAAGAGGAAAUCCCAAGUGGUGUAAUAUUUAUGGGCUUAUGAAAUAGUUGUUGUGAGACCAUCAGAUUUUUUAUUUGGAUUUGCAUAUAGCCUUCAUUAUGUCAUUUUAAAUUAUAAAUUAUAUAUAGAGAUUAUAGUUCUCACAAAAGAUUAGUAGGCAAGAGAGGAAACCUAUUUCCUGGAGGUAUCUGUGAUUUCAAGAGAGAUUUUAAAGCUUUUAUUUAGCAGUAUCAGUGAAAUCUUGGAAUAGUUAUAAGCUGAAUAUUAGAAGGCCACAGUUCUUGGAAUUUAUACUCUGCUUUUUAUUCUGUAGUUGUAAGAGUUAUAAAAAUGCAAAGUGGUGUUAAUACAGCUUUGGAAGAUGGUAUGUUGAAAGGCUCCUCUCAAAAAUCUAAAGCAAGCACCACGAAGAAGACAACGUAGAAGAAGACAUAUGUCUUCUUCCACGAAGAAGUCAGAGAAUAGAUGCAGAAAGAAAAACAAACUUCAGCAGUAGAAGCCAGUGAGUAAUGAAUUUAGGAAAUCUGCAGGAAGAAAAAUCUGGAGUCAGUUAUUUCAAAACAGAAUCUUGGCAGAAAUAUUUAGUGUUAGUGUUAGACUUGAAAAUGAGUAGACUCUGAUAGCUUUGGUGAUUAUGUUACAGAAUCCUGCUUACAGACAGCAGAUUGUUGACUACAGAAAGCCUGGACCACUUUAGGGCCAAAUGUAGUCUGAACAGGAAAAAAGUAGUUGCUCAGAGAGGUCAUGUGGCUGGGUUUGGUUUGGGAGUUUUUGCAUCAGAUCUGACUUGCCUGAGCAGUUGUGUUGGUAGGUACCUCCAGAGCUGGCUUUCACAGGUUAGUGAAAAAGGCUGACAUUCUUUCCGAAGCUUCGAUGUGCUGGAGUUGUCCCAAUCACUUCUGUGUGUUGAAAAAACACAACAGGACAGCAAGAAGUUAAGGAAGAUUUUAAAGGAUGGAUAACCACUUGUUAGUGGUUAGACAUCCGUCUGCCACAUCCGUCUACUUGUAAUGAAGUAGAGCUAAUGGGAUGAGGCACUGAAUAUUGAAGCGAAACA